AUGAAUACCAUCCCUCCUCCAGCUAUCCAUAACCCAGCCCCACACCUUAACCUGGGGUCGUCAGCGGCAGAACUGGUUUAUGGAGAAACACUGCGCCUUCCUGGUGACUUUGUAGACGCUGAGGCCACGGAGACAGUUGCUACUGGCCAACCGGAUUUCUUGCGACGCUUGAAGAACCAUGUAUCAAAGAUUCGUCCUCCGAAGGCCACAUGUCAUGGCAAGCCGCCCACUUUCAUGCACCAGGACCUGGAACAAUGUCGUCACGUCAUGUUCCGCACUGAGGGCGUUAAACCGCCUCUACAAGCCCCUUAUUCUGGUCCAUAUGAAGUGCUACAGCGCAGUGCCCACACCAUGGAUAUACUAGUGAACGGCAAAACCACAACUGUUGCGUUGAAUUGGGUUAAACCUGCGUGUGUUUUUCCGGACGCCCCACUAGCUGCUGCACCUCGUCCUAGGCGUCCACCUACCGCUGUUCCAGACACUAGCGCCACAUCUCCGGCGCCGGCUCUUCAACAUCCGCCGCCCAACACAGCACAACAUCGGCCUGCUGGCGCUGUUCCUCCUCCGACGAGGACGACCCGUUCUGGACGUCGGGUGCACUUUCCGGCGCGGUCAGGUAAAGAUCUAGGAUACAGUUCUCUAGGUAGGAACAGGGAUGAACCCAUUACUCAAGGUACUCGUGUAGGUUACAAUUAA